CAGACAAAGACAGUCAGUCAGUCAGUCAGGGCGAGUCUUCUUAACAACAUCACACAAAAUAUCAUCUUUAUCGCCUCACAGAGCGCAUUAAAUGAUCGGCUGCGCUCAGAUAUUGUGUAUUUUCCUCAUUCCAGAAUGUCUCACUACACAGAUGAGCCUCGUUUCACCAUCGAGCAGAUCGAUCUUCUCCAGAGACUGCGGCGUACAGGUAUGACCAAACCCGAGAUCCUGCACGCCCUGGACACCCUGGAGCGCCUCGACCACGAGCACGGUGACAAAUUCGGCCGGCGCGGCCCGUUGGACUCUAGCGCAACCAACAGUACCACCUCUGGCACUACACACACCUCAAAUAACACUAACAAAGCAACUACGGCGACGCAGACGCAGUUCCACGGUAACUUAUCGCCGUCUCCUAGCACUUCCCCGCCCACGGUUUUACCCUCGCCGGUCGCGCUAGUGGCCAUGGCGCAGAAUGGGCGUGACACUUUGGCAGCAACGCCCAACGGGAAGCUGUCUCCAAAUCGCUACCCGAUGAACAGCGCGUCGGCCGUGAGGUCGUAUGGACUGGAGGGUUCCGAGGAUGAUCUGGAUGUAGACGACAAAGUGGAAGAGCUUAUGAGGCGGGACAGCACUCUGGUGAAGGAGGAAAUCAAAGCUUUCCUGGGCAACAGACGCAUCUCACAGGCUGUGGUGGCUCAGGUCACAGGUAUCAGUCAGAGCCGAAUCUCUCACUGGCUUCUCCAGCAGGGCUCAGAUCUCAGUGAACAGAAGAAACGAGCUUUCUACCGCUGGUAUCAGCUCGAGAAGACAACGCCUGGUGCCACACUAAACAUGCGGGCCGCCCCUAUAUCUGUGGAUGAGAUGGAGUGGCGUCAAACCCCGCCCCCUAUAUGCUCCACCCCCGGCAGCUUCCGUCUGCGCAGAGGCAGUCGAUUCACCUGGAGGAAGGAAUGUCUCGCUGUGAUGGAGAGUUAUUUCAGUGAUAAUCAAUAUCCAGAUGAAGCCAAACGAGAGGAGAUCGCCAACGCCUGCAAUGCUGUUAUUCAAAAACCAGGAAAGAAGUUGUCUGAUUUGGAGAGAGUCACGUCCUUAAAAGUGUACAACUGGUUUGCCAACCGACGCAAAGAGAUCAAGAGGAGAGCCAAUAUUGGGUCUUUUUUCCAAGAAGCCACAAUCUUGGAGAAUCACGGAAUAGACGUGCAGAGUCCUGGAGGACACUCCAACAGUGAUGACAUCGACGCUAAUGACUACAAUGAGCAGGGUUGUGAUGUUUCCUAUUUUGAAAAGAGAGGUGUGAACAGACCCUUUGGUUACUACCGACUGGAGCCCACCUCACCAACACAGGAUGACGGUGCCAAUCACUUAGACCACCAAGACCCCAUCUCUCUCGCCGUAGAGAUGGCAGCUGUUAAUCACAGCAUCCUCGCCCUGUCCCACCCAGGAGGUGUGGCCAGUGAAAUCAAAACAGAAGCAUUGGAUGAUGACUGAUAGAGAUGAAGAGGAUAGAGGUGUGUGAGUGUGUUUGCAGCGGUGUGUAUGGGCCAGAGGUCUGCUAAUGCUAUGACCAAAACAACGCUCUGUCUCAAGCUUUUAGAAUUGAAUAUCACCUGCAACCUACACUCCUGCUGAACCACUAAACAUAAAAGCCAGAGUUAAAUAAUACAUGCUCUCUACAAGAACACUGACAAGUUGAAGGUCAUUCCACAAUUUUGGGCCCAUCUUUAAGAGUUUCCGGAACCAUUGCAGAACUCAGAUGCUGACCCGAACCUUGUACCUCAUUCCAGUCCAGUAACUAGUAUAAUGUUUCGUGUGCUUCCUGUCUGUGUGCAUCAGUAAACAUAUUCAUUGUUCUCAGGCUGUAGCUGUAUUUCAGGAGGUGAGGCUGAUAUCAAUAUGUUAAAGUUGUACUUUGUUGCUCUGGAAUCCACGAUGGAGCGAUAGGUUUUAAAACGUUCAUUUCCUCUACAAAUGUCCUCAGUCGACUGGUUUGAAGUUUCCAUUUUCUCUUAAAAGUCAUUUAAUCAAACUGCAGUUUUUGGGUGAAUCUUAUGAAACCUGUUAAGAACAUGACUGAGUCACAUUUUCCCACAAAAUCAAAAGAAAAGUGGAAUUAUGUUUUGCAUGAAGAAAAUUAAGCCUAUUUUUGGGGCAAUUUUUUUGCAUUACAACAUUACUUUUAUGAUAAAUAAGCACAUAGACAUUAUUCACAGCAGUGCCAUCUUUGAUGGGAAUGACAAAGAGGCUGUGAAGGAUAGACGUACAGUCUCUUCGAUGGGCUGCACUUGCAGUUUCAAGUGUUUUUGGAUCGUUCCACAGACAAAACAUUGAAAAAACACCUUUCCAAGAACAUUCAGUAGACAAACUACAGACAACAUGAGUUGUAAAAAAUCAGACGUGAGCUUUUUACAGCUUUAUACCGUGUGUGCCAUUUAAGAGAUGUAGUCUAUCCCUCACAGCCUCGAUAUACUUCAGGGGAAGUUCUUCUUAGUUCUUCUUUCAGGGGUAAAAAGAAGUUUGAAACAUCUGAGCAACAGUAUACUGUUUGCGUACAUUCAGACAUCCGCCACAACACUGUAGGUGGUGUUUAGAGGAGCAUUUAAAUCUGAGGACAUACAUGUAAAACCUUAACUAGUGUGACAUUAAAAUGUGUUACUAAUGACUUUAUGCCUCAUUCUAUGAGUAGAAUUCACAUGAUAUCAGUAAAAGAAGCUGUUUUAACCACUCAAUGAUUUAAAGUAAUAUAUUUGCAGUAGAAAAUGUUUAGCUUGUCUUGUUUAUGUUCUGAAUUCAUGGAGCUAUUGAGCUAACACGUGGCCAUAAUAUGCGCCGAUUUCAUCCUUGUAUUGUAUUUUAUGAUGACACUGAUACGACUGCAAAGAUGGGUGUAUAAAAGAGUGUUAAUGGGCAAAAUACAGACAAAAGAAUUACAAUAAGAUAGGCAUAUCUAAAUUUGGGCAGAUAUGUGAUUGGCUUUCGCUGCAGUAUAGGUCCCCCUCGUGCCGCCAAAACAGCGCCAACCCACAUCUCAGAAUAGCAUUCUGAGAUGAUAGUCUUCUCACCACAAUUGUACAGAGUGGUUAUCUGAGUUACCGAAACAGAAGGGAAGGAGAACACAGGGAAGCAGGUUUUUCCAGGCUCAGGAAAAAUCAUGUUUAAUCAACCACUUCAAUGCUUUAAAACUUCACAAACUCAUUAGCUUCACAGGCACUAGUAACUUAAACACAACAGCUUCACAAACAUAACAGAUAAACGUAGCAGCUUCAGGAGCACCGUGGCCUUCCUUGUGUCAGACUCUCUCUCUCUCUCUCUCUCUCUGCUGGUUGUGUGGCUGCUUAUAUGCCGCUCUCCCCAUGCUCACUGGAAUUAGAGACAGGUGUUACACAUAAUCUAGCUCAGGUGCAAACACCCUUACUGCUUUCUCUCUCUCCGGACGGACGCUUGACCACGCCCCCGCUGCCACAUAAGGGCUUUUUGUCAAUGUCAAACACGUCAAUGUACACCUGCGUCAGAUGGGCGUUUUUGGAGCAUCUCACUUAGGUUGCGUCACAUCAUAAAGGUCUCGAAAUCCCUGUGCUUGUGCUGUCACUGUUAAGCAAGCCCGAGUGUGGUUUGUUCUCUGUACAGCUGCGUUGUUGAGUUUCGCUUACUGCUCCCUGCUGAAAACAGGUAGUACUUCAAUAUUGAAUUGCUCCGAUGGUUGGCAAAUAGGAAUAUUCCAUGUUAUGGUCUGGGGACAUGAUUAAUUGUGUUAAUUCUUUUAACAGGUUAUUUUUUAUAUCAUUAACCGCACUUAGUUAACACAAAAAAAACAACAGCGCUAGAAAUGAUAUUUUGCAUAAAGAAAGCAAAGCCUAUUUUUAGGACCAUAAAGAUAUUUUUACAUUACAACAUUACUUUUAUGACAAUUAAAGGUGCACUCAGUAAUUUUCUAAACUUUCAUUACAUGUUUAUACAUCAGGGUAGUACUUGCACUGCCUUUUAAUUUGAUUUUAAUAAUAAUAAAAAAAUCAUUGUAUUACAUUUUAUUGUGUUUAAUACAAGUUUCUGUAUUACAGUAAUGAAAAUCACCAUUGAGAGAAUUGCAAAUUGAGAAACCUCAACUUAAUCAUGUUACAGUAAUGAGAAUUUGGGAGGAAAAUAAUGCCACAAAGCAAAAACAAUUGCAAUAAUGCAAAACAGGCAGUGCAAUUUUGGGAUGCAUGUAUUUUUUUGAUUUUGGGGUGAAAUAUGACUCGGAAAUGUGUUUUCAUGAUUCGCUCAUUUAAAGUAUACUGUUCAUGUACAAAGGGGGAAACCAAAUCAUAAUCUUUAAUGUAAAUCUUGAAAGACGUGGGUUUAUAACAGCCAAAGCGUGUAAAUUAUCCUUCCCAAAAUCUAAAGUCUCAUGGACUCUAAAUUACCUGUUACAAGAUACUUCCGAUUCAUAGGUUGCUAGUUUCCUAGUUAACAACAACUCUUAAAUGCCUAGAGUUACCCAAAGUGAAAUUACAUAAAUGUUAUUCUUAUGUUUCUAUUUAUUUAGCUUUUACGUUGUGUUUCCAGAUAUUUGCUCGCAAAAUCUCAGUUAAGACAAAAGCACCUGUUCUCAUCUAGUUGUUUUUUAGAAAUGUAAGAACUGUGAAAUCAAAGCGAGAUAUCAUUCCUAAGAGAUUUUGGCUCCAGACUGCAGUGGUCAAAAUGAUAAACUUUGUCUUGUUUUAUUAUUAUUGUGAAAAACAUCAUCAUAAUUGUGCAGUGUUAAUAGUUAAAGAGGCGUCUUAACUCUCAUCUUACAUAAGCUUGUUUCCAAAAUGUAGCUUGUUUUAUUGGGAAAAGGUUCUAGGAGACCUCUUUUCACUCACUGAUUUUUAUGUGUCCUUCCUCUAUUUUCCUGUGUACAAAUAUUCAAUUGAUAUUUAUGAUCUUUUACUGUUUUUGUUCAGAGCAGUCUCCUGAUGCCUGUCCGAUUCAAAUACAUUUUGUGAACAUGAAGCACCCCCUUCUCUCAAGAAACUAAUUUCUAGAAACACUAUUUUAUCAGAGCCUCUAAAAGGGAUAGAGUUCACCUUUAUAUGAGUUGAACGGGGUUUAUAUUGUAUGUUGCAGCAUCCUAAUGAGUGUAUUUCAAUUUCUGCAUGAACAAGAAUCAGUUUGUUCAAAAUAAAGUGAAAAAAACCAAGGAUGCAAGAAAGAAAAUUAGUUGUAUUUUCUUGCCUCUCUACUAGAUAGAAUGUGCCAAACAACAGGAUCACUUCAAGUGUUGAUAUAAAAGUGACAUAAUAUAUACCAAGAUUGACUCGUUACCUUGUCUUAAGUAUCUGUAUCCAGACCAAUGGAUGUUUUUAUUCCGUGAACUCGUGUAUCUUAAGGGGGGUGCUUUCUAUUUUGUUUUCAGGGCGCAUUUUCUUAUGUCUAUACACGAAAAUCUCUUGGCUUAUAAAAGCGAUUGUAUAAAUGGAUAUAAUACAGUAUGAAUUUAAAGAUAAUUUGAAUCAAAUAAUUCUAUUGAGUUUGAAGACUUCUGUUUUGAAUCAUCUGUAUCUCCCAUGUAAGAAUUUAGUGCCUUUUUUGGACAGUAGACUGUUCUGUAGUUCUACUAUAGUAUAUAUGAACAUUUUUGUACAGUUUCUUUGUUUAAAAUGACUUUUUUUAAAACUUGUGUUUAUUUUAAUACUUUAUCUUCUGGAGAAUAAAGGUUUAUUGAUGAUCAA